AUGACAGUAAGGACAUAUCUUGUUAAUUUAAAGCAAGCACUAAAUGCCAAGACCCUCAAGGUUCCAUACUCAUUUGUUAGUGGUAAUCAAUCAGCGGACAUGGACUCGAUAAUAUCGUCCAUUACUUAUGCUUAUUUAUCUUACAGCUUGAAGACUCCACAACAGUAUAUUAUUCCUUUGAUCAAUGUACCAAAAGCUGAUUUAAAAUUGAGGAGAGAUAUCAUAAAAGUGUUACAAAAUUAUCAUGAUAUAACUGAAGAUUUAUUAUAUUUCGUUGAAGAUUUUGAAUUACUUAUUUCUGAAUCUGUGCAAAAUUCCAAAAAAAGCCAAUUAUCUAUUGUCGAUCAUAAUGGAUUACAAGGAGUUGCAAUAAAUAAAGCAUUUGAUGAAGGAUAUUUGGAUGUUAUUGGAAUAAUUGACCAUCACGCUGAUGAGGGAAAAUUUUUAACUGCUAAUCCUAGAAUUAUAAGAACAUGUGGGUCAAAUUCAAGUUUAGUUUUUAAAUAUUUUUAUGAUUUAAAACCCAACAAUGAUAAAUUUUGGAUCGAAAACAACGAUGUUGUGGAAAUGUUGUUAGCUCCAUUACUAAUUGAUACUAGUAAUAUGACUCAAAAAGUUGAAGAACCGGAUUUGGAAGUUUUUGCCAAAUAUAAAGAAAUAUUGAGUGCUACUGAUUCACAAUUUUUUAUUUCUACAGAUUUAGGUCAAACUUCUCAUCAAAUCGAGCUAUUUUAUAAAGAAUUGAAGAAAGCCAAGAAGGACUUAGCUGGAUUUUCAUUUAUGGAUAUUUUAAGAAAAGACUAUAAACAAUUUAAGUUUUCUAAAGGAGAUGAUGUUGGUUUCAGUUCCAUUGGUAAACCAUUAAAAUGGAUAUUUGAAACAUAUUCCAAGGAUGAAAUACUAAGAUCCUUGAGUGCCUCGUUGAAAUUGAAUCAAAUAGAUUUGCUAGUAAUAACAUCCUCAUAUACGGUCAAAGAGACUGAUGAGUACCGAAGAGAAUUUUGUUACUAUUAUGAGGGUGCAAAUUCCGAGUAUGCGAACUUAGAAGAAUUGGUUAAAGUUCAAUUGAAUUUGAAUAAUGACGUUUACGGUGUCGAUAUAAUAUCACCACUAUUAGAAUAUAUUAAUGAAAGUGUGAACGAAAAUAAGGGUCACUUUAUUAUUUACAAUCAAGUUAAUAUUCGUGCUUCCAGAAAACAAGUUGUACCUAUUGUAAAAGAAGUACUUGAGAAGGCGUAA